AUGAGCAAAGAACUUAUUCGUAUCAUCAUCACUGGUAGCAAUAAAGGAAUAGGUUUAGGGAUUGUAUAGAAUUUAUCUACUAAACCUUAUCAUAUUAUCAUGGCUUGCAGAUCUGUUGAUAGAGCAAACGAAGCUCGCCAAUAAAUUCUUUCAUCUAAUCCUAAUUCUAAAAUCGACACUUUCGAAUUGGAUGUAGAUUCGACUGCUUCUAUUGAUAAGUUUGUGUAGAACAUUCAUAACUAAUAUGGUUAAGUUGAUAUUUUGCUAAAUAACUCCGGAAUGGCUUUUAAAGGAGAUGAAUUCGACGCUCAUGUAGUAGAAUAAACAUUUAGAACUAACUUUUAUGGAACAAUAGAUCUCACUGAAAAAAUGUUACCCUAUAUCAAAGAGAAUGGAAAAGUCAUUUUUGUAGGUUCUUCUUUAGGUAAAUAUUACCUUGUAAAAGGAAACCAAAAAGUUCAAGGGCAAUUAUAAAAUCCUAACCUAACAAAGGAUUAACUUUUUGAAGUAGCUAAGUAAUUCUACGAUGAUGUUAAAGAUAAUACCUAUGAAUCUAAAGGUUGGGCUAAAUCUGCUUAUGGAAUUUCAAAAUUAUGCAUCAAUCAUUACCCAUAAGUACUUUCUAGACAUGAAAGCGUAAUUUAAAAGAAGAUAUAGGUAUAUUCAUGUUGCCCAGGUUGGGUGAGAACAGAUUUAGGAGGAAACAAUGCACAUAGAUCAAUUGAAGAAGGAGUUGUUUGCCCUGUUUAUCUAGUAGAACUUCCAUUUUAAGUUAACCCAUCAUUCUAAGGAAAGUUUUUUUAUGACUCAGUAGUUUCACCUCUUUGA